AUGGCUUCCCCUUCUGUUCAACUCCCCUCCCGCGAGCGUCCUUCGCCCUUCUCCCUCGAGGAGUUCUCAGACCUCGUCUGCUCUGCCUUCAACCUCGGCACUCAGCAACCCGCUCUUUCACUUGCCCCUACUUCCUCGCGCGAUCUUCCAGCCACCGUGCAAAGCGCCUCCGUAGAGACUUCCCUCAGCUGUUUCGACACAGACACAGACGAUGAUCACAUCUCCGCAUACCUGCCUUCUCGCGCGCACUCGACAACCGAUGCUAGCAGAUUGUCAGUAACAUAUACCAAGUCGCGCGCAAGCGCGCUCAACAUGCUGAAGCAAGUCCGUGUUCGCGCAUCUGCGCUUGUCCUCCGACCCGCGAAUACCAACAUCGAUUUCUCGAAUUCGGAGCCAUUGGCUCCUCAGUCACUCCCUCGCAUAUCCGUCUCGUCCCAGAAUACAGUCACCUCUCUCACUAAUUCUUCUUUCGCAUUCUUGUCCCGACCGCACACACCAUUUGAGACACCCCGCCCCUCGGUACCCUUCCCCUUCAAUUCCACCACUGACUUGGCGCUAUCCCGCUCCAGAACGCGCACGAGGAGUUUUCCAGGGCCUAUGUCUAUUCUCAAGUUCAGCCAUAGACAGGUCACUCCGGCCACCAUUUCUCCUGCUGUAUCGGCUUGUACCACAGAGCCGCCGAGCGCAAGGGUAGAUCUUCCCUCGUUUUUUGAGGAUACAGGAUACACCGAGCGUCGCCCCGUGCCUCCCACAUACAGCCGCCCCACGACGCCUGUCACAUCUGCUACAACGCCGCUUCGCGUUCACGCGCGACUCCCACCCCUGCGGAAGGCGAAGAGCGCGUCGACUGGUAUCUUCCGCGGCCGCGGGACAAAAUCUAAAGGACCAUGUCCGGAAUCCGCGGCAGUGGCGGCGGCAACAAUUGAUGGACAGUGGACCUUCGACGAAGGAGAGUUCAUGCGCCCGCGGGACCCGCCACCUGUGCCGCCGAUCCCUGUAAGACUCCGUGGUCUCGUAGGCGGAUGGGAAGGAGAGGGCGAGGACAACGACGCGCUACUGGAGGUCCCGGACUAUGUCUUUGCCAGACGAGGCAGUGCUACAAGCACCUGCACGACAAGCACGAUGGACCUCGAGUCGAAUGACUAUGUGCAUGGUCUAGAGCGCGUCUUCACUCUUGAAUCCGAUCCGUUCAAGAAGGCAGAAAUCGAGGUUGAGCGUGGGGACUCGACGCCGACACCGCGAUCGGGCACGCCCCUUGUUGGAAGGACCAGGCGCCCGCGUGGGCUUGGGAUAGACAUGGACGGGGCGGAUGGUAUUCAGGGCAUCGAUAUUCACUCGUGGCGCGAGGGUGCGCGAGGCUUUUCAAAGCCCCCGGCGCGCCGGAUCCCAACAGUAGCCGCAAUCUUCGAUUCGCCUUCGCCUAGAUCUCCUGCCUAUACGUUCCCCUCGUCAUGUUCGGUGUACACAGACCAGGCCGGACGCGACGAAGAGGACGUACCGGAUACGCCAUCUACGAUUGCGAGCUUCGGGGACAGAGCAUUCCCGGUGUCGAGAUUCAGCACGCCAUCGAGCUCGAGAUCUUUCCGGUCGUCGUGUUCGAGCAUGUUAGACGCUGAAGAGGCUCGUGAGCGAGCCUUCGGCGGUGAUAUCAAUGCCGACAUCGAUGCAACAUUCGUAUUUGGUUCUCCAGCGCCCGCUCCUGUUAUGAUCGAAGGUCAGACGAUGGAAUCAGCCUCUAACAGAAGAGCAACGGUGGAAGAAUGUCCGUCGCCCGCUAUCCAGGGGAACCCACAGUCUCUUGCUCGACGCGCCCGGGUGGCUGCACGGGCAUCCAUGCCGCCGUCUCCGCCUUCAGCACCCGCAAAACAGACUCAGGAACGCAAAUCCCUCCCGCCGUCACCACCCAUCUCAAUGUCCAGGUACAUCCAACGCAGCCCUGCAUCGCCCACCAGGCGAAAGGCGUCCGUACGCACGGUCGCCUCAGAGCCGGCCCCCGGUGAGUCGCGUGGUGUGAUGCGACCUGGUUCACCGUUUCCUCUUAUGCGCGGCCUGAGCGAUGGUUCGCCGAGGGGCCGCGAGGGGCGAAGGCGCAAGCUCCAAACUCGGUACGAAGCGAAGAGGGCCAUUGACGACAACAAAGUAGCUGUUGCGGAUGAUCAGAGCAAAUAUGAGGAAGAUCUCGACUUCGUGGACUCCGGGGUCAUGAUCGAUAUGAGCGUCGUUGUCAACCCGCCCGAGCAAACGGAGGAUGACGAGGACGCAUUGGAAGACUCCUUUGUCCUCCCAGCUGUUGAAGCUGCUAAACUCUUCCUUCGCUCAGAUAAGGAUUCCAUGGACAUCGAUUACGAGAAUAAGGCGGUCCUCCAUCCGCCCUCUCCUUCAGGCUCGUGCAUUCGUCUGGGCGUCGCAAACGGCCUGCACUCGACGAAUCCGUCUACUGACUCUGACGCGACAAUGACCCCGGAGAGGUACCAAUCUGCUCUUCGCCGGGAAAGUUUGCGAGAAGCCGAGCGCGAGGUGGAAUGGGAUAGAUGUACCGCUCUUUCCAGUGCGACGACACAGUCGAGCUCGUGCUCCGCCGGCACGUUCUACAGUGCACGCUCCAGUGUCGAGUCGACGCCCUAGGCGAAACAGGUUUCUAUGGGUGUAAGUUAUAAAAAUGAGUAAGAUUCAGUUGUGGGAUUACUGUACGGUCCCGUCCUCUCCCUGUUGUUCUCCCUUGUUUUUUUUCACUAUCGCGCGCUAUUCUGACGCUGUCGGCACAGAAGCCUUCUUGAUACCCAAUUCGCGUCGCGUCGCUGUCCAUUAGCAUCCGAGUCUUUGAUGACCGGCAUCAUCCCUUCCUUCGUUCACAAUUCUAACCUGUACUACUUCUUCACAAUCCGUUAAUUAUUCAUAAUCGCCACCUAUUCACAUUCGCAUACGCUACUGUAGGUUAUAGUGUUUUACUAGUCGCACGUUUGACCGUACCUGUUUCUGCCGAUUGUUUUUCGGGCUCUGGUUCGGUAGGACUUGCUGUAAUUGUAGUAGCGCCUCAGUAUUGCAAUUCACGCUCUGUUGUGUUUG